AUGGCUGUCGAUUACUAUCAUCGACAAGCCGUAUUAAUGACGCCAGAAGAACAAGCAAUCUAUCUUCGGAUGAUUGACAAAUCGGAUUUUCUCACAAGUCCAAGCAAUCAAAACACCCCCAGCAACAACAAGUUGUGGAAGUAUCUGGUGACACAAAGAAACCCGUAUUGUCGAGCGCAUUUCGUUAUGCUGGCCAGUAUUUAUGGCACCAAUCGCCUCAUUCGCCUUCGAAGUAUUGUUGAAGGUGCUGGCGAUGAAUUCGAACCUGCAAGGGAGAAAACAGACUAUAUUACCGAAGGCACCGAGCUUAACUGCAAGAAAGCAGGGAGGAGCAAUAACUACAUUCUCCCAUCUGCUGAACACCCUCCGCGAAGCAAAUAUGACGGACCCCAAUGCUGUGGCCACCAUGAAGGUGCAUGUCCUGUCCCGGCCGGACAAGCUGGAGGAGUAUCUACGUUCCGAGCUGGUGGUCGCCUAGUUGCAAUAGAAACAUUUCAACGGGUGAUAGCUAUAGAAUAUCUCCAAGAUGUCAGUUGGCACAAAAUAACCCAAGUGGUGGCCCUGUAUAUAGAGGCAAGGGCUACCUAUUCAGCACCCCAGGUUGGCUACCUCAUCCCCCUGAAACUGUGGGUAAACGGUGACGGCACUUUAUCGACGCUGUUCAAGGAUGGGAACUAUACCCUGGACCAGAUUCGGCAAUGGUCCGUCGACACGCUGAAAGCCCUCUGGCGAGGAUCUCAUAUACACCCAAUAAUCAAGUACGCACCCCUAUCUGACGACCAGUUCGAGUUCGCGAGACAGCAUUUGGAUGAAAUCGAAUAUCCCUACAACUACGCAAAGUUAAAGCGUCGUAAUCAGACGUAG